AUGAGUGCAAGCAACUUUGGGGACAGCAUGGAGUGGGGCAGGGGGAGAUCCUCCUCCUCCUCGUCGGGGUCGGGGUCGGGGUCCGGGAGGGGCAAGAGAGCCGCCGCCGUCGACAAGCCGAGGCAGCCGCAGCGGGGCCUCGGCGUCGCGCAGCUUGAGAAGAUCAGGUUGCAGGCCGAAAUGGCCGAGUACCAGCACCACCCUCCUCUCGUCGGACAGCCACCUCCGUCGUCGUCGAUCCACGGAACCGGUAGCUUCAACCUGCAGGAAGAUGCACGCUCGUCGUUGAACUACUCACUGCCGUCGUCGCCGUCCUCCUCCUUCCAUCCAAAUCUUGUGAUGGCCUAUAAUGGAUGGAGAUCAGGAGACAUGAGAUAUGGCGAAUCCCCAACUGCUCCCAUCAUCAGAUCAGGGUCGAAUUACCAUGGAGCAACUACCUAUGGUACAACACAUUACCCUCAUCCGGGUAGCGAUCACACGUUGCCUCUCUUCGAACCCAAGCUGGACCUAAAUCAAAUGGCGACAGUAGACUCAUCGUCGGCGAGUACGAACCUGGAUGAUGUGGACCUUGAGCUGAAGCUAUGA